CUCGUGGCCUGCUAUGGAUCUUAGAGCAUCAACUCUUGACCACAUUAAGCGAAAUAACUCUUCCAUAAUAACAGCCAGUCCUUGGACCAAGUCUGAGAUGUAAGAGAGGAGGCAAAGAAAGGACAAACUUGUGGUUCAUUUCAGGGAGCAUUACGAAGCUCAACACCAGGUCACAUACCUACCGCUGGAACUGGCACCCUCCCCCACAUCUAGACUUGGUUCAGCUGACGCCACCAGAAUCUUGCUUGGCCUUUGUCUGUUUUCGUCUGGAAACCAGAAUCAGAAUUCCUACAUCAAUGAAAUUAUCACCUAUAGAACAUUUCCCCCAUCCCUUCUAAAAGUGAAAUUAUUUAUGAAACUGGUUCAGCAACAAGAAGAGAAGGAGAGCAAUGCCUUCCUCCUUUCAAGGGAGGCAAUGGAGUGUAGUGUACCUGAAAGAGCUCUGGACUGGGGUUAAGGAAAUGUGGGCUUUGGUUCCAAUUCCACUGUAAUACAAAUGUUUGUUAAAUGAAUGGAUCAAUGAAUGAACAAACAACUUCUCUGGACCUGCCUCCAAAAUAUGAAGUUUAGGACCUGGAGUACAUUGUCUUUGUAUCUCCUACCAGCUCUAAGAUGUCCCCAUUCCAUGUAGUGCCAUUAUUUCUGUUAUGUUUCUGAAAGAAAACUUAAGAGCUUCAGAUUUACUAGGUAUGACAUUGGCAUUUGCGGGAACAUACUUAUUGGUGAACUUUGCUCCAAAUAGAAGUCAGUCUAUCUCUGCAAGAACGGUACAGUAUUACUUUGUUGGCUGGCAGUUCCUGAUCUAUGUGAUUUUAGAAAUAUUAAUUUUCUGCACUCUGCUAUAUUUCCAUAAGAGAAAGGGAAUGAAGCACAUGGUGAUACUGUUAACCCUGGUGGCACUUCUCGCCUCGCUGACUGUUAUCUCGGUAAAAGCAGUCUCAGGCAUGAUCACUUUUUCUGUGACAGAUAAAAUGCAACUAACUUAUCCCAUCUUCUAUAUCAUGUUUAUCAUCAUGAUCGCAUCUUGUGUUUUCCAAGUCAAGUUCCUGAAUCAAGCCACGAAACUCUACGCUACGACGAUGGUGGUGCCGGUCAACCAUGUUUUCUUUACGACCAGUGCUGUUAUUGCAGGUAUCAUAUUUUAUCAGGAGUUCCUUGGCGCAGCUUUUCUAACUGUAUUUAUAUAUAUAUUUGGGUGUUUUCUGUCAUUCCUUGGUGUUCUUUUGGUCACAAGAAAUCGAGAAAAGGAACAUCUGCCACAAUCUUACAUUGAUUUUGGAAAUAUUCCUGGGAAACAAAUGUUGGACAAAAUACAACCAGAUCCAAAUGGCUUAUCCUAUGGAACUUUGCCUGAUGGAAGUGACUCAACAAAGAGCCAAAGUGGAGAGAAGAAAGAGGUCUAAGCCGCCAAGAGGGAACGGCUGCUGGCCUGUUAUUCAAUACCACCUUUAAAAAACCUCCCUUUGUGUCCGCAGCUAGUUUGUGCUGAUGAGCAUUCCACGGACCUUUAACAGCAGGGCCUUCCUAAGCUUUGACAGUCUCGUGUCCUCACGAAAUGUAAUUUGAAGUGUUCCCCAUACCCUGGACGUCCCCCUCGUGAACAUCGAACCGGCUAGAACUUAAUGAGAGCCUGGCUCCCCAAGCAGGACUGUCACACAAAAAUGUGCAUUCACGAUUUGGCCACAGAACACACAGGCCGCCCUUCCCACACAACUUCGAGCGUCAGCUGCUUUGUUUCAGAGAGACGUGUUCACCCCCCAACCUCACUCCUGGACCAAAAGUUUGAGAGCAGUCAUUUCUCCUACGAUGUCUUUUAUGAGCCUCCCCCAUAAGGAUAUCACCUUUCCAGUCCUGAGUUAGAACAGUGAAUCAUCUUUUUCUUUCUGAAAAUGAGCCCUAUUCUAACUGUCCUUUGGAAAAUUAAGGGUAUCUUUAAAAUGAGAGUCUGUAAGUGACAUUCUGUGAUGGUGUAUACCUUGGCUGGUGAACGUUUUCAGAUAAAGAAAGCAAUUUAAGAAUUAAGACCAAUUUUUCAAAAACUAUAGAAUGAUGGACAUUUUCUUCAGCUAUGUGACCCGAUUAUACUUGAGUUGAAACUGAAAACUUCAUACCCUAUGCUGGUAUUCGUAUCAUUCUCAUGACUUACCUAGUGGAUUUGUUACAUGUUUUAACUGUAGACGCAAGUCUCAAAAAUUGUAUUUAAAUUCUUAGUGUUAUUUUCACUAGCACACCAUUUCCUCCCCCAAGUUAUUAUCUCAAGCUUUAUAAAUUCUUCUAGGCAAGAGUAGAGCUGUGAGUAGAGAAUUGGAUUUUAGCCAUUUAAAUCUGUAAACAUAGCAGGUGACCCAACCUGAGCCUAGAGAGGAAGGUUAUGUGCUCCUGGACCUGAAUGGCUUUUCUGCUGCGACUAGUCACAUAUCUACUAAGAUUCAUUUGCAGAUAGAGUCCAUAAUCACAUAUGUUAUUAAUGAUCUACUAACAUAUUUAAAUGACAAGAAGAGAGCUAGCCUUCAUUGUAAGCAACAUCAGGUAAGAAGCCCUAUCCUGAAUGAUAUUCCAUAAGCUUCCGGUCACUUCUGACAUGUCAUUCCAAGGUUGUUCCAGCCAGUUGUCUUGCAUUUGUAAAGGUGGUAUAACUCAGAGCUAUUGAGACUGCAAUCUUAGCUGCUUUGGGUCUUUUAGCUUUGUUCUUUGUCGUAACCUAUACUCCUGGCCAAACCUGGCCACAAAGGCAAGAUUCGAAUCCAUCACCAGUGUAUGAAUAAUAACCUAGAGCCUGUGUCUGGCUUUUGAACUCCCAGUAAGAAUUCCUGCUAUUGUGGAAAGUAUCCCCUAAUUCAAAUAAAACAGUCAUAUAAUU